UCCGGGGAGAGCGGAUAUAGUGAAUGCAGGGUCCGGGGGGGACCGGAUAUAGUGAAAGCAGGGUCCGGGGGAGAGCAGAUAUAGUGAAUGCAGGGUUUGGGGAGACCAGAUAUAGUGAAUGCAGGUUCUGGGGAGAGCAGAUAUGUUGAAUGCAGGGUCCUGGGAGACCAGAUAUAGUGAAUGCAGGGUGCGGGGAGAGCAGAUAUAGUGAAUGCAGGGUGCGGGGAGAGCAGAUAUAGUGUGUAGCACACCCUUGGUGAAUGCAGGAUCCGGGG